AGAGAGAAAAGAGGCGCGCGGGAGGACGCACGGAGCCAUCCAAACGUCUCUAAAACCGAACCAGACUUUUCGAUUUUACGCACAGCUUUUGGAGCAAUGGCGUGCGUAAAACCGAUCCGGACUGGAAUAAAAUUCUGACCAGGAAAAACGCCUUCAAACUCGGCUUUCUCUGUCGCAUCCAUCCUUUGUCUCCGCGUCCGAGGGAUGGUGCCAGCGCUGGACUUCAGUGCGAAGCGGUGACAUCUCCGUGUGAAACGAACCGCAAGCGAAUCUGAAGCGGAGUUUUGUGGAUGUUUUUGCUGUAAAUGGGUCCUUGGAUUCAUGGAGCGGGGAUAACCUUCUUGCUCAGAUCAUAUUUACACAGGUGAUGUCUCUGUGCUUCGCUCAACUUGAACCACUCAGCUAACAGCUCAACGUUAGUCUCCAAUUAGCAUCUCCUCCUCCUCAUCUCAGAGCAUCACGCCGCCAUGGGAACUGUCCUGUCAAUCUCACCAAGCUCUCGCAAAAAAAACGGUUACUACGACACCGGGCCCAGCUCCCUCAACCACUACCCCAAUCUGAACAACCGCCCGCUCAGCAAAGACAAGCGAAGCCAGUCCAUUUUCCUCCCUGCGCUAACUUGGAAGCGCAUCGUAGCAUCCACCAAGAAAAAAGGCAACACUAAGAAACCUUUCGCCGACCAUCUCAACAACAAUAACAACAUAAACUUCUUCCACAAAGACCCUGUUUUGAAUCUGAACCACGAAAACGUUAAAAAAUCGCUGUCCUGUGCUAACCUCUCUAGCUGCGAAGGCUACAACAUUGGCAUCGGAUACAGCAAAUCGCAACAGCUCUCGUUGGUCAAAAAGGUGCCACAGGGGGCUCUCACAUCAUCGCCAAAAAGAGUAAUUGUACAAGCUUCAACCAGCGAGCUUUUACGUUGUUUGGGUGAGUUUUUGUGCUAUCGAUGCUAUCGUUUAAAACAUCUCACCCCGGCAGAUCCAGUGCUUUGGUUGAGAGCUGUCGAUCGCUCUUUACUCUUACAGGGCUGGCAAGAUCAAGCUUUCGUAACGCCUGCUAACGUUGUUUUUGUUUACAUGCUUUGUCGAGACAUUGUCGACGGAGAUUUGAUUUCAUCCGAGCACGAGUUGCAAGCAAUCCUGCUCACCUGUCUGUACCUGUCAUACUCGUACAUGGGGAAUGAGAUAUCAUAUCCGCUGAAGCCAUUUUUGGUGGAGACUGGAAAAGAGGCUUUUUGGGACCGUUGCUUAGCGAUUAUCAAUGUAACCAGCUCCAAAAUGCUGAGGAUAAAUGCUGAUCCGCACUUUUUCACGCAGAUUUUUGCAGAACUGAAAAGUGAAGGAGGAUGCCUGCCGCAAGACUUCAGCCGCAUGCUGGACCGGUGAGAACUAAACCGGGAUUUACAAAUUUUACUAGCGAUUUAAUGCCAAAUUACUACAAUAACACAUUCAAUUUCAAUAUAUGAUUACGACAUGUAAUCGCUGUGGCACUGUUUCGAUAAGUUUCUGCAAUGUCACAAGAUUUAUUUCCAUCCAGUGUUGCAUUCAUUUUUCACCAAGACCUUGCAUUGAUGAUGGUAGAGUCUGACCGCUGCACAAAGCCUUUUCCAGCACAUCCCAGAGAUUCUCAGUGGGGUUAAGGUCUGGACUCUGUGGUAGCUAAUCCAUAUGUGAAAAUGAUGUCUCAUGCUCCCUGAACCACUUUCACAAUUUGAGCCUGAUGAAUCCUGGCAUUGUCAUCUUGGAAUAGGUCCAUGACUAGACCUAGACCUGACUCGUACCUAUAGGCUCAUACCUAUUUGCUGAGUUAAAUCCAGGUGUCGACUUUUUUUUUUUUUUUUGCCGGGAAGUGUAAUUAACAACUGCUAUGGAACAGUCCUUGUUUUUAUCAUUCUGAAACCAGUAAUUAAUAUUGAAGAUUUUAUAUUUUGCAAUGACAUCAUGCUGUGGGUUUUUGUCUGUAUGUCUUUGAUGGAAUGUUCAGCAGUUAUCAUGGUGAUACAAUGCACAAAUUAGCAAACACAGCCUAAAAAGUCGUUAAAAAAUGGUCCCAAAAAAGUCAAGAAAAAACACAUUUUCAGGAGCCUGUGAUCAAUAUGAGCGUUCAUGGUCCAGUUUAUAGGUGACUAACUGAAAACACUGUUGGCUAAUGCUAACUUGCAGUGUCAUUUGAGAGGGACCUUUUUAACAGCACAAAUCAGCUCACCUGUUGUUGUUCCAUUUAAGGCAGUUCUUUUGGGUCAGAUGCCGUUAAAUUAAACCUCAGAUUAAAGUCGUCAAACAGAGCAGUGCAGUUUGCAUCACAACCCCAGAGAAUGUUGAUGACAUCAGCUGCAAAGUAUCAAUAGUUUGAGCUGAUAUUAGCUUGUAGCUAAUUCACCUUCAUCAAAUUUGUCAACUCAACAUUACAUUUUUGCAGGAAUUCUAUAUGUAAACUGUGAGGGGAACUGAACCAAAAGUGACGAUCAGACUAAAUAUAAACAUUUCGGGGACCCACUUUUGAGAAAUACUAUCUGCUAUGUCACCAAGUCUUUACUCUUAUUUAGCUGAAAUUUAAAGACUUGUGGCUGUUGCUGUCAAUGGAUCUUACAUUUUCACAACAAUCUGUCAGAAAAAACACCUCACACCUGUUUGGGAGCUUUUUCUACAAAACUUGGACCUAAGUAAGUUUGAUCAGCUGGUCUCCGCAGCCAAGGAAUGAAUAUGGAAUUCACCUGUCUCCAAAAAAGAGUAAGAGGUUUAAAAUGUUUCAUUGCAAAAUAUCAAAUGAGUUCAAAUGACUUGAAUUCUGAAUAUUUUAGUAAUACUGUGGCAUUUUUAAAUGUAAUUAUUACCACCUUAUUUAAUUAAACUAAUUUAUUAAUGUAAUUUAUGUGGGCUUGUCUCUAUAGAGAUGUUAUAGCUUAGCCUAGAAUGUUCCACAGUAUGACAUUAAAUAUAAUACAUUUUUGCUGCAGUACUUUAUUGUUAAAAACCUUGAAACACAUUCUUAUUGUGAACAGGUUCGCCUCCCCACAGAUCUGAUCUGUAACUUGAUUGAGUCACCUGAACGUUUUCAUGGAGAUGUUUAAGUGUAAUGCCAUGCUGUGGAACAUUCCAUGCAGUUCCAAUAGCAACUUUAGGGGGGCAAACAAGUGCAAACCCUUCACCAGAAGAGUUAUCGUUCACCUUUUGUUAAAUUUCGACUCAUUUGAACUCAUCUAGAGUGUGUCUUUUGCAGUGAUACUACAAGGAGAUAUUUGGACAUUUUUGAAGCACAAUGGAUUACUGCUUAGUGAUUUGUAUUUUGCUUUUUGAAGAUUUGAGGAGAAAAACUGGAUUUGAACGCGCCUUUUCGACACUGGACAGACAAUUGCUAACGCUCUGCUGUUUGACUGAAAUGCCUUUCAUAUUUGCUUUUAUUUAUAAUGUAAACUCUAAUGUGAAGUUUGCAAAUAUUGUUUUUGCUCAGAUUGUUCUAGAUCUAUAGAAUCACAAGGAACUCAGCACCCUCUAAUGUGGUUAGCUGCAUGAUGCUAGCAACAUUAGCACUUUAUUUUGUAGCCUGCUAUUAGCUAAUGUUAAAAUUUGAAUUAUAUUUCUUUAAUCAUUUUUUUAUUGUUGCUUUCUCAUCAAAAACAUACCUGGAGUCAUGUUUUCUUUCACAAUUGGCACACGUCUUUACUAACUAAUCUUGUUAACCAACUUCAGUGCGUGCAGUUACUGUUUUUAGCCUAAUUUACACUGUUAAACAUG